AUGCAAAAGAAUCAAUUGAUUAUCACGUUGGUUGUCUUAUUGAGUGUGGUCGCUUGUACUGUCUAUGGUUUCUCAGCUAAUCCAUGCACAUUCUGUCAAACAAGUUUUGAUAUGGUUGCUACAGAUAAGAUUGGUAAUUUGACCUUUGAAGGUGAUUUCCAUGCCAGUGGAAUUAUUGCCAUGAUUAAUGACUCUUUGAUUGUUGAUGGUUCAUCUUUAAUCAAUGGUUCAAUUGAUCACGGAUUGAUUCAAGUAAAUGGUAGUGUUGCUUCUAAUGGUUCCUUAAUGAUUUCCAUCUCAACUUGGUUCUCUAAUGGGUCUCUCUUAAUUAAUGGAUCGUUCGAUACUGAUGAAGGAAAUGCUUUUGAAUUGAAUGGUACUUUGGGUCAUAGUGGUGGUUUCGUCUAUUCAAACCAGUCUUGGAACACUAAUGGUUCCUUGACCAUUCAAGGUGAUUUGAUUCUUCCUUCCAUGGACGAAUUCAGUGGUACUCUUCAAGUUAAUGGUACUGUUAAUUCCUCAAUCAGUGGUGAUUUGAGCAUCAUCGGUUCCAUGCUUUUAGAUGGUUCUUUCAAUGGAAAUGAAACUGAUUUCAACAUGAACGGUAUUUUGACACACAACGGUUUGUUCUUCCAAGAUAAUGAAACUGUAACAUGUCUCCCAUCCAACAACUCACUUAAUGGAACUGCUGUUAUCGAUGGUACCAUGAAAUCCUCAGAUGGUCAAUUGUAUAUUAAUGGUUCAAUGAUUAUCAGUGGUACAUUCUUGAGUAAUGAAAAUCUUGAAUUGAGUGGUUAUUUGGCUAAUAACGUAAUGGUUCUCGAAAUGACUGGUACCAUUUCAUUGCCAUGCUCAACCUUAAUUGAUGGUAAUUUGACUGUCAAUGGUAACUUGAACUCAACAGUUGGAAGUAUGUUAACUAUCAAUGGAACUACCCAUGUUAAUGGUAACUUGACAUUGAGCCAUGCCUUACUCAUCACUGGUAACUUGACAAUUCACGGAACUGUUCAUUUGAAUAACACAAAUGUUGCAAUCAUUGUUCAAGGGGGCGAUUUCACAUCUGUUGGUGGUAUUGUUGCUAAUAACACUGCUGAUGGUGCUUUGAGAGCUGACAAUGUUUUAACUUUCAUGAAUAUUACUGAUAUGACUUUCACUAGUAUCAAGGUGAAGAGUACAAUGAAGUAA